AUGGUUCCCUCUGCCCCUAUCAAGUGUUUGACCCAUAAAACGGAGUUCUUCACCAUCAAAGAUGCGCUUCGUCAUAUAUGGAAGCUACACAACAUGCGCAUGUUGGUUUCACAUGCUACCAAAGUUUGGUGCUGCGGAAAGUCCAUUGGAUAUUACGGAACUCCCGACUAUGAUGACGAGGAGAUGUUCAAACAUCUGUGGGCUGAACACCAUCCUGUUUUCUACACCUUUUCAGUCGAUCUGGACUACUUGCGUGAGCUUAAGCUCAUUGGUCCGGAGGAUGAAAUGUGA